AUGUUUACGGGAAUAGUGGAAAUCAUUGGAACUGUACUGGAGUAUCAGGAACUUGAUGUCUCAGCUUCAGGAGGGAAUGGCGUCUCUUUAACCAUAACCGAUGCCUCCAAGAUUCUCUCUGAUGUGCAUAUUGGAGACUCCAUUGCAAUCAACGGUACCUGUCUCACAGUCACAGAAUUUACUAAUAAUGAUUUCAAAGUGGGAAUUGCGCCUGAAACCUUGAAGAAGACAAAUCUGGGAUCGCUGAAGAAGGGAUCAAAGGUCAACUUGGAAAGAGCAAUGACUGGCGAAACCAGAUUCGGAGGACAUAUGGUGCAAGGCCACGUAGAUACAGUUGCAGAGAUUGUCAGCAGUGUUCCAGAAGGAAAUGCAAUCGUCUACACGUUUAAGUUAAGAGAUCCAGAAUUUAUUAAGUACGUUGUUCACAAAGGCUUCAUAUGUGUGGACGGCACAUCAUUAACAGUGACCAAUGUGAACGAUGAUGCUGCAGAGUUCUCUAUCAUGAUGAUUAAACAUACGCAGGAAAAUGUUGUCUUACCUUUGAAAAAAUUGGGGGACUUUGUCAAUAUAGAGGUAGAUUUAGCUGGAAAGCUAAUUGAAAAGCAAGUUCAAGUGGCCUUGGAUAACGAAAUUAACAGUGACAAUUCGCCUCUAAUCAACUUGAUCACCCGUAUAGUACAGAAGGUUGUUAAAGAACAACUUGCUUGA